AUGCGCCGCCGCCGCCGCAGGUCCUAUCCUCUGUGCGCCGGCGCCGCCGUACCCAGCCACUGCCGCCACUCAUCCCCAUCGCUGCCGCCCUCUUGCAGCCGCGCCAACCCGUCUUCUCCAGCCGCCGCCGUCGCAUCGGGCCACCGCCGCCGCAUCCAGCAGCCGCCGCCAUCGUCGCCCAUCCCCACCACAUGCCGCCGCUCCUACCUGGCGGCCGCCAUGACUCCUCCCCCAGACGGCGCCGCCGCCGCUGCGAUGUCUUCUGCCGUGUUGUCUCUCUUCGGCUGCAUGUACGCAGACGCGCCGGCUCUCCUCACCCACAUGCAGCUGGCCCCGCCAAUGGCUGGCAGCCAUGCUCCGCCCGCCCCGUCGAUGGAUUCUCUGGGCUGGUGUUACCCGUUGCCGCCACCCGCGCCUUCCCAGCAGCAGCUGCAAGGAGGAGGGGGCCAGCAGCUGGCCCAGGGCGCCGGCUGGGCACCACACUACCCGCAGGCUCUCCCCGUGGGCCACCAGGCGUUCAUUGGCGCCCCUUACCAGCCGACUGGCGCCGGCUACGGCGCCCUCCGUGCGCCGCCGCCCGUCGGCGGUUAUGGUCCACCGGUCCCGGCGCCGCCCUAUGGGGGCCUCCCGCCGCCGCCUUCCCUCGGUGGUUAUGGCCCGCCCGCCCCGCCACCGCCGAUACCUGUGUCAUGGGACCCCACCCUCCUCGCCGCCCAGCACUCCGCGUCGUCGCCGAGUAGCUCUGUCGGUGGAGGCGACUGGUACAUGGACUCAGGUGCUACUGCGCACAUGACAGCUCAUCCCGAAUUAGUCACAAACCUAGUUUCCGUUCGUCGUCUUACUCGUGAGAACCCACUUACUGUUGAAUUUGACGGUGUUGGCUUUUCUGUGAAAGACGCCCAUACCCGGAUGAUCCUUCACCGAUGUGAUAGUCUCGAUCAGCUCUACCCCGUGCACGUCGGCGCCUCCACCUCCACACAAGUCGCCCUCGCCGCCGGCGUUGACCUCUGGUUCCUCCGGCUUCAGCCCCUUGGGCGCCCCCUUCCUGGAGCGAUGCGCGGCGGCAGCCCCCGGAGGCCCCCCCCCCCUCGGCACGGUGCCUUCUGCCGCCACCACCCAGUUUUUCGACUCCCUCCCCAGAGGUCAAGUCUGACCGGGCCCCUGGAUCCCCAUCUCCCUCCUGCGAGGUUGAGCCGGUGGGUACUCCGCCCACCACCUCGGCUGGCCGCCACCCCGGCGACGGGCUCGACAUCCUCCUCGCCCGUCGCCCCCUCAGCCGCCGGCUCGGCUAGCGCCGCCGCCGCCGCUGCGGCCCCCAUCACCGGCACCGCGGCCCCUGUCGCCACCGCGGGUGCCCCCGCAGCCCCGCCGGCGCCCCUGUCGUGGCCGCGGCCCCUGCCACUGCCACGGCCCCCGCCGCCAUCGCCGGCCCUGCUGCCCCGCUACUUGGCGUGA